AUGUGUGAUGAGUCGCUAAGUACAUUGAAUGAAAUGUUUAUCAAUGCGAGGCGGAGAAUAGUGCAACCAAUGAUUGACCAAUCAAAUAGAGCUGGUCCCAGCGGAGCGUACAGUCCCGACGGUACGAUGGGUUACAUGAUGGACGGCCAACAGAUGAUGCACAGGCCACCUGCGGAUCCAGCCUUCCACAACCAAUACGCGCACUACCCUGAGUACUACGGACAUCACCUGUGAGGUCUCCCCUAUGACGUCACAACGACAAUGGACAUAGAAAUAUGCAGAUCUUAAAUGUGAUUACUAUCUGUACAAAGUGUAAAUGUAGUGUCCCAGUGUUUUUAGUUGAAAAGGAGAUAUGAGAUGAGAAGAAUAUACUAUAACGACGAAAGGGAGAUGGACUUGUACAAAACAAAAAAUAUAUAAGAAGUAUUAGACUGCUCGUAACGACUGCGUUCUGAAGAUGUACAUAGAUAGUGAUGAGAUUAUGGCAGGAACCGGAUUUCCUGUAUAUAUGAUGUUAGUAUACAGGGUGUCCCAAUCAAUAGGCUUCAAAUUUUUCAUGGUGGUGGAAAAUCAGUGAAAGUCAAGGCGAUAAUAUACGAUUUGUCCUUAAGUAGGAAAAGGGGGCCCAAUUUAAACAAGGUUUCUAAGCACACAAUGUUUCGUUGUAGUAAUGAUGAAAGUAUCAUCCCAUUGAAGGAUAUUCUAAAACAGAUACUCCUCAUAUAACACGCUUUUUGAUUGGAACGCCCUGUAUACGUUGCAAAUGGAUUUCAUACUGCACCGAUGGUAAUAUAAUAAAGAGAGAUGUGAGCGACCACCAAACAUGUAAGAUGAUGUGGUUAUGUAGUGUAGGUUUCUCAAUGUGUUACCUUACAAAACAGCAUUCUCCUGACUCAAAACAGUCUAUCAUAACUGGAGAUUUUUUAAUUUAAAAAACAUAAAUGCAAUAUAAUAAACACAUCUACAAAAGAGACACUAAAGACGUCAAGAAAUGAACUGUCUAUAACCGGAUCUUUAUAAAGUUCAAUACAUCCUACUAUUUGAAACUUUCGUGAAUGCAAUUUGCUAUUUAAAGUUAUUUUGAAAAUUUUAGAAAAGGUAUCAACAAAUGUUCAAAUGUUCAAUGAUUGACGUCGUUUUCAACCAAACAGCAAGAAUUAUUUUCUACUGCAAGUUUACAUUGUACCAUACUAAAUCUCCAGUUACGAUUCGUCCAAAAAAGCAUAAAAAACGAUCAGCCGCUCCACAAUUCAUUCAUAUCCCCCCCUCCCCCUCCAUCAAACACACUCACUUCUAUUGCCGCGUUUCAUAAAAAAAUAUAUCCAAAAAGUACAUAGCGUACAAAAAAAUAACCCAAGGUUGUGCUGUUGUAAAAUAGUUGUUGAACAAAUACCUGUUGUGAUUUUCAGUUUUGCUAUUCGAGGAAAACUUAAAGGACAAACAUACGGGGUGUUUCGAAACAGUUUUACUAUGAUAAUUCUAAAAGUAACACGCUACGUUAUUCAUAUCUAAGAAUUUUUUAGCUGGGUCUUAGUGAUCUUACGUUGACAUGAUGGUAAUAUGACGUAUCUCACUUUUUUAUACAAAAACGCCAUUGACGCAUCUUAUGUUAUGCACCUCAGACAAUUUUUGUCGGAAUUUCUGAAAAAAUAUUCUCUUAGUAAAGUCGUUUUGGCACACACUGUAUCCAAAGGGAAACCAGUACUCUCUCCCCACUCUUUAUCCCAUCUUAUUUGCCCUACCAUCUCGGUAUAUACGACUACGAUAUACGUAAAAUAACCUAGAAGGAUCAAAUGCUACACAAAUAUACACAAGUAUACAGAAUGUUGCAAAGUACCUCAGGUAUGGCAGAAUACCAAUUACUAUAUCAGAUAUCUCUAUAAAUUUUUUAAAGAGAAACAUUUCGAAAUACAGUCUAUAUACGAUGUUUUGCUUGUGCAGUUUUUGUAAACGCUGAACUAUCCGGGGUUUUUAGAUAAGUUGUCUGGACAAUCAAGUGUAGUUGUAAAGUACAUAUCUAGCAAAAUUCUAUUAUUGGUUUUUUAGCUAAUCGAUUAAGCGUUCUAUGUUUAUUAUCUUCGGUUUUAUAUAACCGAUUUGAAAUUCGCGAAAUCUAUAAGUAAUACAUAAAUAAACAGCUGAUGUGAUUUUCUAAAGAGCAAUACGAAGAUUUUAUCCUCGAUCAUAAAAAAAUGAAACGUGACAAUGAGAAAUGUAUACUUCACCCCAGAUAAUUUUGCGUUUACAACAAUUUUAUCAACAAUUUCUUAGCCUUAUUAUAUUGAUAAGACAGUGACUGUACCAACGCUAAAGGAUUAUUUAUUAUAACGACAGUACCAGUGAUUUCGUACUUGCCAGAGUUAUGCCGUACACCGUUGUUGAAAACUGACACAUAUACCAGCGUUUUAUUUCAAAUGAUUGAUAAUGACUUAUAGAGGUCUGUUUUUGGAAGAUUUCAGAUGAGGUGGUGCCAAAAUCAUUGUCACUGUCAAUCUAUUUUGCGUACCUAUCUACUGUCAAAAUCAUAGAAAACCUCAAAUCUAACCUUUUAUCUAACUACUGAAUUGUUUCUUUUCAUAGAUUUCUAUCAGUUCAAUAUAAAUGAUUAUUUUCAGAUAUUUUAUUCAAUUAAUAUAAAUAGCAAAUCAGUCAUACGUAGUAUUUACUUAGAUUGUUUUUGUUGGAAUUUAAGCAAUUUAUUACAGACGUUCUUGCAAUCAUAUUAGCAAAUGUCCUGGACAUAAUUGUAAAGUCUGGUUUUAUUGAUGCAAGUUGUUCAAGGGGGGAUUUAAAACACGGACGCAUAAAACGGGUACAUCCAUUUUUGUGGGAAUACUUUUUAUUUGACAACAAAGAAUGAGAAAACGUGUUUUUUGGGAUAUAAUCGAGAAUAUUGACUGGAAGGGAAAAACUUUUCAUAUAAGAUUUUUAGGUAUUUAUGAGACCUACAAAAUGAGAUCACAAGUAAAAAUAUCCGACUAAUAUCAAAAAUGUUAUGGCCGAGAAACGAGGCAAAAUGCAGGUUUUGGCACUUGAUGGUAAUGCGACGAUAAUUUCAUGCAACUCCUUCAAAUUCUUCAAAUCCGUAGGAUUCAUACUUCUACAUAAUAAAAAAAAUUGGAUUAUAGAGGUCAAGUAGUUUUUUGAGAAAAUCUAAUUGUUUAUCCCAAAACACCUGUUUUCCGGCAUCAUUUCUAGUUUAUUGAGCAAUAUAUAGGGUUCGUUGAAACAGCAUUUAAUAGCAAAAUAUACGUGCUUACCUUGCCGAUAUGAAUCACAAACCAUUCCGAAAGAUAAAUGUUAUUUUUAUGCGAAAAACAAAGGUAACGUGUUUUCCUUCUAAACAAAUUCAUACAUUUCGUAUUUGUGGGUAAUUGAACAAAUGCGCUGUCAUAUUCGAAAAACAUACCUUACUAUACACAUUUUAAAACAAAGCGGAUGUAUCUUAUCAUCUUUAGCUGCGAAUUACUCACAAAUACGAAACGUUUGAAUUUGUUUAGAAGAAAAAACGUAACCAAACCUUUUUUGCAUAAAAAUAACAUUUAUCUUCCGGAAUGGUUUGCGACUCAUAUCGGCAAGGUAAACUAGUGUAUUUAGCCCUUUGAACUAACCCUGUAUAUUGCUCAAUAAACUAGUAGUUUAGGCCGGAAAACAGGUGUAUUGGGAUAAACAAUUAUAAAUUCUCAGAAACUACUUGUCACCAAUCAACUACAAUUUUGUUGUGAUUAUUUAAAAGACAAAUCCUGAAGAAUUUCCAAUAUCUAUGAGAAACCAUCGUCGCAUUACGAACAAGUGCCAAAACCUGCAGAUUGCCUCAGUUUUCGGCCAUAACUUUUUUGCUAUUAGUCGGAUCUUUUUACGUGUGGUCUCAUUCGAUGGGUCUUAUACAUACCAAAAAAUCUUAUAUGAAGAUCUUUUUUGUUCCUGCCAACACUUUCGAUUCCCAGAAAACACGUUUUCUCACUCUUUGUUGUCGAAUAAAAAGUUUUCCCACAAAAAUUGGUGUACCCAUGUUUUGAAUACCCCCUUGAACAACUUGCAGCAAUAAAACCAUACUUUACAAUUAUUUCGCAAACCAGAGGUAUUUUCGUCUAAUAUGAUUCAUCAACCUUGUAAAAAGUAGCAUAAUUAUUUUGAAAUGGUUCACUGAGCAAUGUGGCACCAUACGGCAAGGAUGCACAUACUGCAAACGUUUAAUCAAUACUAAUUGUAUAUCAUCAAUAUACCUUCUCUGUUCAAUACUUCUUUAUUUGCUUUAUUUGCUGCAAAAGCUUGGGAAGUAAAGUUACAAUUUUAUUUUCUAGUUUUCCUUAUUGCUUGAGAAGUAUUUCAGAUUUUGGCAUAAAACUCGGUAUAGGGAGGUUUUCUAGUACGAGAAACGAAAAUCCGUUAUUUUUUAUGGACAAACUUCUAGAGGGCGCCACUUACAGCACUAUUUCAGUAAAUAACAUAACUAUUUUUUGCUACCCUGUAUACAACUGACCUAAAAAUCUUAUUUUCCCUUUUUCCACAACAAAAAAGGUUUACUUGUUAGAAGCCUCUAAAGCUAAUAGUUUUCGAGAUAUUUGAUUUUAAAGCAUUAAAUCUUGCCAAUCCGUACAUUAAAUGCAUAUCAGAAUAUUCAUCAAACGUAUACUCCAUGAUGUUUAACAACUUAUUGUCAAUUAUUCAUGAAGUUUAAAGCAAUAUAAUGACAAACAUUAGAAUCCAUAGCAACGCUACUCAGAUAUUAUCCAAAGCAACUUGAUUAUGUUAUAAAAAUGUUUUUUCAUCGUGGUACAAAUAAUGCAUUUGCAACUUUUAAAAACAAAUGUCUCGAAAACUAUUAGCUUUAUACACUUCGGUCAGUUGUUGUGUACAGGGUAGCAGAGAAAAGUUAUGAUGUUAUUUACCAAAAUAGUGCAUUAAGUGGCGCCUUCUAGAAGUUUGGCUAUAUAAAAUAACGGAUUCGUGUUUUUCAUACUAUAAAACUUUCAUAUACCGAGUUUUAUGACAAAAUCUGAAAUACUGCUCAAGCAAUAAGGAAAAAUAGAAAAUAAAAUUGUAACUUUGACACCCUGUAUAUCGCAAACUAUCAACUUUUGUAUGUUUAGGUCCAUUCACUUAGUUUGGUCUGUAAUAUCCCCAGUUUCGAGAUUUCCCAACCUUUCACGGGAAAUCUGAAAACAGAGUCUUUCGAAAACAUACCUUUAAAAAAUCAUUACUUGAGCACUGUAUACGAUAUUUAACCCUAAAGCUAGUAAAUAUUGGUAUAUGUCCAAGUUUUCUGAACAAUGUACAAUGAAUGUUAUCUAUAAACCCUGACCAGAACUGUACGCCGUAGGUAGUCUCUACAAGGAGGCUCCUUGUUACUGUUUACGGUUAAAUUUGUUCUUCAUAGGGUUAGAACCAAUCGCUUGAAUCCCGUAGGUCAUGAAUCAGUAAGUAAACUACCAAACUUUAGGAAAAUUAAAGGAAUCAUUGUGUUUGGAAAGUGAAUUCGUUCCAACACAAUUGUUUGAAGCCUAAUUUAUAGCUGCCUAAUAUAUGUCUUAACGCUUGCUGAAUCUCAUGAUCCACAGUUUCUCGAGCCCAAAAGCGAGCCGAUAUAUCCAAUAUGUGGUCCUCUCCGUACCCCUUACACAUGUAUACGACUCUAGUGAUGUUAUAUAGGUUAUUAAUGUAAAUUUAUCGAAUGCAAGUCUUUGGAGAGACCAGUAGGUGGACAAGCUCGCCAAGCAUGGUCAUAUCUAGACCAGCCCGUCGUCUUUGAACUUACGCUAAAAUGCAACGUGCAAUAUUUCGAGUGUUUGAGCCCACCACAACUACAAUAUACCAGUCGACAGGUAAAUUAUAAAGAAUGUUUGGUGUAACCAUUUUUUUAGCUUCACUACUUUUUUAUCUACCGUUUACAAGCUGGCUUGAGCCAAUUUUUCGGUACCAAUAUUGCACCGUAAGAGAAUAAAACCCCUCAAAUACAUGUCCAGAGACAAGUAUCUUAAAAAAACGUUUUCUCUCAACUGCCCUUAAGGCGGGUUUUCACGCUACGUCUUAUUGUACGUUUUGUCGGGCAUACAAAACGUACGACAAAACGUACGUCUACGUGUUUUACCUUCCGCUUUCUUGUACAGUUCCAGUCUAGGCUCUUGAAUUGUGUGAAGUUUGUUUAGUGAAUUUUUUGAAAGACAUUUUUUUAUUAUGGAGGAAACAUUUUUUCGACUAUAAUGACACAACGACUGAAAGGAAAAUUGAUGAAGAGGAAAAAGACAAGAUGGUCAAGGGAGUGGCUUCUGAAAAUAAGCCAGUAUUCCCCCGUCUCGUUAUUGAAACAACUGAGGAACGAACCUGAUGACUAGCGGAAUUAUUUGCGAAUUGACACCUCGACCUAUUGUCAAUUGCUAGAGUUAGUAACAGAGAUUUCUGAUGCCCCCUCACUUUUUUCAACACUUUUUGUAAACCGAUCGCAACGAGUUUAUUUUUUUGCAACAGUCUCUUUAUUUGCAAUCGUGUCUACUUCUUUGUAUUUUUUAUAAGAUACUCAAACGCGUCGUUUUUUUUAUUACGGUCACUAUAGUCUUUACUUUUCACUUGCCACAAACAUAGAAAACUAUUCAUUUCAAUGAAUUCCCCGAGAAAAUCGUGGGUGCAUUGCCGCAAGUCUGACAUUAUUAGUUUUUUGGGAAAAAAGGAAGCGAGCUGAAGUGGAGCUACUCGUGAACUGAGCCAAGAUCGGACGUCUUGUCUGAACAUGAGUCUACACGUUUUAUUUUGUCCUACCAGUUCUCGCAAAAUGAUGCUUCUCCCAUCAGUUUUUCAAUCUGACCUUGGAUUCUACAAGACGUACGUUUUGCUGUUUACACGCCACGUUUUAUUGGCGGGUAAACACGUACAAUAAGACGUAGCGUGUAAACCCGCCUUUAUAUCGCUGCUGGUAAGCGUCAAAGUUGCAAUGACUUCAAUACUGAGCUAAAUGUACAGUCUGCUGAAAUCAAAAGUUCACCUCUUAUUAGCCUACCAAGACGAUUAAAAACUGCUUUUAAAUGAACUAAGCCCAAUAUACUCUUCGGAGUCGUGUUGAGCAGGUUUCAACUUCAAGUUAGUCUUUACUCUUGACAUCACGAAAGCGUUCAACCAGCAUGAUGCCCUCUUAUCGAAACUUACUUCCUAUAGCCUCAGAGAAAAGCUUUGCAGAUAGAUGACUGACUUCCUCUCCGGUCGCCAGAUAUCCGUCGUAAUGGACAGGCUUCCCUCUUAAUCCCACAAUGUCAACGCAAAGAGAAGGACAGUGGAUUCGAGACUUCAUAUGUGAUUUUUUUUCCUCAGGUUAACCCGUAUCUGGGUGUAUGAGCAUGUGUAUCUACUUUGGUAGUUGCAUAUGUGCAUUCAUUUUGGGCCUGAUGAAGCCAACCAGCAGAAAUACGUAUCGCUCGGGUUACCUAUCCGAUUUUCUGCUCGAAUCCACUGUCCUUCUUUUUGCGGAUUUUGCCCAUUAUUUUCCUAUUUUUUUUUUGUUAUAAAUAUAUAUAUAUAUAUAUAUAUAUAUAUAUAUAUAUAAUUUCGAAAUAAUAAUCUACCUGGGUGCGUACUGCAAUUUGAGAAAAUGCUUUGAUAUUCAAGGGCUUCAUUGGAAAUCCCUAGGAAGUGACGGUAUAUCGCUUAGGGAUGCUUAAAUUAUGUUUCUCUGCUAUUUCUAUCCAGAUUGUGGUGAUUGUGGUCGAUAUAAAGCACUUAAAGUUGUAAACUAUAAAGCCAUUUAGACAAAAAUCUAUUGACUUUUGGACCAUGGGACAUAUGAACUUUUUGACUUGUUUUGACCCUGUAUAAUAAUGAAAUAAUAGUUUUUGAGGUUGCCAAGAGCCUAUAUUAAAACCAGACCCAGAAGGGUAUCUUAGGCUUACUUGAUCUAAAAGCAAUUUCUAUUCUUGCUUGGUGGGGUUACAAGCGGCAACUAUUGAUUUUCGUAGACGUACCCUAACUUCAUGAAGGUAAAUCGUAUAAGUACUGCAUGUCCAGCGAUAAGCAUUAAUGAUCUAAUUUCAAAUGAAAUACGGACAAGUACAAUUUUUGAUUAAAUCCAUUUACACUGAAUUUUCUGAAGCUCGGAAUGAGAUUGGUCUCAUUUCAUCCCAAUUGCUUUGUCGACUGAUAUGUUAACUGAAGAAAAUAAUUUAUUGGAUAGGAGUUUUAAGUUGCAUGUAAUGUGGUGAGCUCUUACACAAUUUUAACUUUGUUUUAUGUUUUGUUCUGUAUACAGAUGGUGGUAUAUAUGUAUAAAGUUUAUGUAGUGUAGAGAAACAAAGUCGCAAGCGCUGAGCAAAGUCAGACGUGUUCGGUCUUUUGGUGAUCAUGCUUCCAGAAUCUUGGUUGGUAGCAGGUCCUUAAGGGUUGUAUUGAACGAAAAUGUUAUUGGGUUAUACUUCAGAGAAUUGAGAGAAGAUACUUGAAUCUUUCAGGAGUAAGGUAGUGAACUAGGUAAACUCAAAGGUCACUUUGACUUUAGUGGUAUACAUCUACUAGAUCAUCUAUGAAGAUGUUACGAUUCACUCCUUAAGGGCGUGCCGUUAACUAAAUUCUACUGAAAUAUGUUUAUACUCAUGUAUAAUUUUUUGUUACCUUUGUUACUAGCGAAAAUGUAAGGGGCAAGACGGGCGUUAGAUUGUUGUAUACCAUUUUAAAUGAGACCCCCUUAUAGUUUUGGAUCUACUGUACUUGAGUAUAUUGUAUAUAUUGUAUUAAGUAUAUUUAUGCAUAUAAGCUAAGUGUAUACCAAUUUAGGCCGCUAGUUGGUGGUCUGGCAAUACCCCGUCUUACCCCGAACUAUGACUGUUUUUAUUUUAACUGUAAAUACAAUUUUACCUCCGAUUAAGAAUGUUGGCUGUUCGUUUUAAGUGAUUCCCAUCGAUGAAUCAGUGAGUUUGCGCUUUAUUCGCGACCAUUUUUACCUAUUUCUUCAAAAAAGUACCUGGCGCAACAUUAAGUAAAGUCUAACGAAAAAAGUAGAUGACUUCAUACAUAUGGCAAACGCAUUUCCAACAUUACGUAGGCCAACAACCGAUUUCAGUCUUACUAAACAGAGAGGAAAUAAAAUGAUACAUAACAGGUUUACGUAUUAUACGUAUAUGAAGUGGACGCUUGAAUGACGUCUUAAUUUAGUAGAGGUCAACCUGCAGAGAUUCUAUAAAAAUUAACUCAGUUAUAACCAUAUUGUUACACAACUAUAGCUAAAAAAUUCUACGGGAAGCCCUAUGGAUUGCAAAAAAAAUCUCGGUAAUAUGUAGCGAUACAAAACGUGAACGACCAUUGAUAUGACGUUUUAUGAAAAGAAAAGAAGAAAUGGAAGUUUGAAAGUGGUAACGAAUAAAGCAAAACCUCACAUACAAAUCAUUCUCGCCUUAUCCAAUGUAUACGAAAACUAAAAAAUCAAUACAGAUCAAUGAGAGAAUAUCGUACCUCUGUGUUAUAUUAAGUAUGAGAGGAGUCUUUUAUUGUGUUCCGCUUUUUAAUGAAAGUAUAUAUUAAUAUUAUAAACGACGAUAUGGGACGAGAUACCUCUUAAACUACUUUGGUAACGCCGUGUCCUCUGUAUAGUGUUUUUUUGAAACGUGAGCAUUAAAUGCUACAUCUUGUGUACUUA